AUGGAGCAGUGGGAGCUUCCGGAUCUGCGCCCGUCAGUCGGCUAUCAAUUCCAGCUUCAGAGCGGUAAUUCUUUCUCGGAACACAGCGGACUCGCAUCCACCUCUACCCCAGCCCCCGCCAAUUCUACACGCAACGGCAACGGUAUCAGCACCCAUACCCGCACCAAAGCCGUCACUUUCAAGCCCUUGAGCUAUUACACCUUGGAUUCCGUCAAGAAGAGACACAAAGACACGGAACGUACACUCAACAAUCUUCUUGAGAUCUCUGAGAGGCAGAACAACAGGUAUGCUGAAGACAUCGAGAAGCUGAAGCAAUCUCACAAAUACUUGGCUAGUUUGAAGGAGUUGAAGAGAACGGUGGAUAAGGCUCACGACAAGGCGGAUCGUUUGGCGGAGGAGCGACAAAACUGGAUGAGCUUGGUGGAGUCGCUGCAGUUCAAGAGCGUGGAAGAUGAGACGGAGAUGGCAUCGGAGGACUCCAAGACUUCCGUUGAGAAAGAGUCUAAACAUGAGUUUGAGCAUGAGUCUGAGAACGGAUCUGAUGAUAAUUUUCUGAACGAUUCUGACUAUGAGUUUAACGAUGACUCUGAGGAGGAGUCUGAGGGUGACUCUGAGGAUGAGAUUGGAAAGGGAAUCGGAGAGGAUGAUGAGGGGGCGGAGAACUCUGAGCAGGACUCUGAGGAGGAAGAGGACUCGGAGUCCAAUUGCUCCGAGGAUGAGGAUGAUUACUGA